AUGUACGAGGCGGCAGAGCACCAACUCGCUCUUGUCUCCCGCAAGACCUCCCGGCUUGGCGAGGUGCUGCGGCAGCAGAUUGACGCACUGAGAGAGUUGCGCGCGUUACGUCAGACGGCCUUCGCUGAACGGGACGAGCUUCGCCAACGGCUGCAGCUGGCGGAGGAAAAGGCCAACGCCACGGAACGCCAGCACAACGAGGCGGAGCGCUGCCUGCGGCACACGGCGGAGGAGUUUGCUGCGACGCAGUUGCUGCAGAAGCGGUACGCGAACACGCUGGCAGAGUUGAAGGGGGGCCAACGCGUCGUGGUGCGGGUCGCCGCUGCCGCGGCCCGUGACGGUAGUCCGGCGCGGGAGGAGACCGCGCGGGACGAUCGCCUGCAGAAAGAGGCGCCGCGGCGCGACGACGAAGGAGCGCGGCGCCGGGCAAAUAUUGCCGUCACGGAUGAGUGCACUGUGGUCGACUUAGACCGGCGACGCACAUUUGUGGUGGACGCGGCGUGCGUCGUGGCACCGCUUAGGCGGCGACUGCAGCCAGAACCCGCCCUCGCCUCGGCCGCUGGUGCGGCUUCCAAUGCGGAUGCCACGACACCGCAAAUCUUUCCGCCGGAUGAGGAGUUUGCUGCCGCCGCUCGCGUAGAGCACGCCGUUGCGGACGCACUUUCAGGGGUGAAUCUGGUUUUUCUCUCCUUUGGUCCCGCGGGGGGUGGGAAGACGGAGACUCUGUUUGGCACCAAGGCUGCCGUUAUCCAGCACGGCAUGCUGCAACAGCAGCAGCAGCAGCGCAGCUGCGCCCGUAGUUUGCGUCCUUCCGCCAGUGUUGGACGGAUGCCGUCUGCGGAUGCGUUGUUCAAGUCGCUCCGCGGCUGUGGAAAAACGGCGGGUCUAUUGUCGCUCUUCGUGCACGGCCUCUUCAACGGCCUCGUUGCGCACGCGGUAGCCCAUUUCAGCAUCUCCUGCAGUUUCCUGGAACUCGCCAUGAACCAGACGGUCGAUCUUCUCCUGCGGCAGCCGGGUCGGACCACGACCGGCGGCGGCGCAAACAACACGGCACGGGUGAAACUCACCUCCGCCAUGGCAGGCGAUUCCUCCGCAGCGCCGGUGUCGUGCGGCGGCACCGGUGAAGAAGUAACCGCAGUGCGUGCGGAGACAGCUGAGGAAGUGAUGCGGGUUUUCUUUGAGGGGUUUGGGCGUCUCGGGCGCUGGCGGCGCGGCUUCUCUACCUGCCUGCCGGCGGGCGACGACGGCGGCAGCAACGCGGACGAUCAGCGCCUCGAGGACGGCGUCACCCGCGUGCCGCACUGUGACGGGGCCUCUCACGCCAUCUUUUCCCUGCGUGUGGAGAGCUUCAGCGAGCAGGGGCACUACCGGCGCGCGCUGGUGUCGUUCGUCGAUCUCUGCGGUCCGCCAGCCGCCGACGCGAGGCCGGCACUGCGGCCACUGACGACGCCUGAGGCGCAGUGGGUGGAGGAAUCCUUGCAGGCGGUGUGCGACGGCAUCGCCGCCACCUCCAGCGUUGCGCCCCCCGCAGGGCCGAGUGUUGCCGCACGCGCCGAGGCGGCGUUUGACCAGCUGCCCAGCUCGCAUACGAACUGCAUGGCACGUUUUCUGCGCCCCAUUUUUGGCGGCAAUGCGAAGGCGACGCUGCUGUGCUGCGUGGACGUCGAUCUGCACGGCCAGGAGCAGGUGCUGAACGCCAUCAGCUACGCCUACUUCUUUAAGCGCAUUCCGCACCAAGCCGUCCCGUACGAUAUUCCGCCCGAGCUGCAGCGUCUAAAUCUGCAGAUGAGCGCCUUUCUCUCCGGCGACGGCGAUGGCGAUGAAUGCGACAUCGACGACGAUAACGUGAGUAGCAACGUCGGUAGCGGCACAGCGCGCAGUUUCUUUGCGCCGAUAGAGACAAGCUGGGGCCGUGAGGGGUAUUCUCGUACCUGA